GUUAUGUGUAUUACUGGUUAGCUUUAGCCUGCCGGUGAUCCAGUCAGCUUUACGUGUAAAUUUUUAAAAAUUGUAACAGAUAUAAUAUAAAAAAUAUAUUUCUUUAAAUUACAGCGGAAAAUUUGCCGGUUUGUUUCUGCGUAACUCCUGAUUGUGAACGUGAAAGCCGGUGGGAGUCAUGGCCGACCCGGCUCGCGUAAAAAGCGACUCAGGAAAUGAUGUCACACCCACAGAGCAUGUUCACCAGAAUCAGAAUGCAGGUGAGGGUUCCAGCGGAGGAGCUUCAGCUUCAGCCAUGACGAUGGAUCCGGCCACCAUGAAACCAGAGGAUAAAAUGGGCGUGGCAAAGGACGCGGCGGGAGGAGACGAGGACGACGAAGGACACUCUGGCGCUCAUCCUCCGGCUGCUAAAAAACUAAAAGUGGAGCCGGAGAAGAAGAAGGAGAAGAAACAAAAAGUGGAUGAAGAUGAGAUCCAGAAGAUGCAAAUAUUGGUGUCUUCGUUCUCAGAGGAGCAGCUGAACCGGUAUGAGAUGUACAGGCGCUCAGCUUUCCCCAAAGCCGCCAUCAAAAGGCUUAUUCAGUCCAUCACGGGAUCAUCAGUGUCUCAGAACGUCGUCAUCGCCAUGUCUGGUAUCUCCAAAGUUUUCGCCGGGGAGAUCGUUGAGGAAGCUCUGGAUGUGUGUGAGAAGUGGGGAGACACGCCUCCACUCCAGCCCAAACACAUGAGGGAGGCAGUGAGGAGGCUGAAGAGCCGAGAACAGAUCCCCAACACAAAACACAAGCGCAUCCUCUUCCACUAAACUUCAGUGAGUGAUGUUAUAUUUGGAGCCCCCUUCUGGCCAUGAGGUGAACUGCUGUGAAAAAGUUUCUGACUAACUCCGGUCACAACUUUUUUUUUUUUUUUAAUUAAGGAAAAAAACUCUUUUUUUUUUUUUUCCUUUUUUGGAACCGGCCUUAUUUUAUAGUCAGAAAAAGUGAACUGAAACCUGAAAUGAGAAAUAGCCUGAUAACAAAAUCUUUAUAAUGAUAAGACUGUUAGAGGUCCUGAAACUCUUUAAAACAUUACAAACCGCACCUCUCAGAUUUUUGCCUACCACCACACACUGAUUCUGUGUAAUUAUUUGUACUGUAAAUAGAACUUGUGUAAGAGUAUAUUGUUUAGUCACGUGUCCUGGCACUGUUUCCAUUGAGCCCUGCUAAUAAGCAUUUAUCCAGCAGCGUGUCCAAGUUAGCAUCACUUUUCACUCCCCUGUAAAUACUGCAUAUGUUGUGCAAUGCUAGUUAUUUUACUUUUAAUAAACAGUGUGUGUGUUUGUAAAGA